AUGAAUAAUUAAUUUUAAUUCAUCUAAAAAACAGAAGGAUAUCGAAAUAAAGUUAGCUUACAAUUAUUAGAAAUUAAUAAGAGAAAAAUUUUAAUUUUUAAAAUAUUUGUGUAUAAAAAACAGCAAUGAAGGCUUUGGGUAUUUUUUAUCAGAAGAUUCAAUAAAAUUAAAUAGAGAAAAGAGUAGGUUAAAAUAUUAAGUGAACAAUAUAAUAUAUGAGUGUCUUUUUUUGAGUAAUUGUUAUGAGAAUUAUCACAUUAUUUAAUCAGUUAAUAAAAUAGUGUAGUAAGUAUUUAAUAUAGCUUAAUUAGAAAUUUAUUGACCAAAUAAAGUAUUUGAAUCUAUUUUUAUUAUAAUAAUAUUGUAAAAAUAAAAGAAAAGAAUAACUAUAUAAAAGAUGA